UUUUUUUUGAAAACAAAAAACUAUAAUAUUAAAUAUUAUGAAAAUCUGGUCAUACUUUUGGUGCGCUGCGCUACUCUUGGCGUGCGGCGUUGGCAGCGAACUGCAGCAGUGCCUAACGAACGAGAAUCCAAAUAAUGAACAAUUUAUAUUGGAUGAGAGCUCGUGGGAGCUGAUGCUGCAGGGCGAGUGGAUGAUCGGCUUCUGUGUGCCGCUGAUCAUGGCCUGCAUAAAAUUUAAUCGCGUAUGGAGCAAGUUCGCACAUGAGAAGCAUCUGGAGAAGAGCGAAAUGAUUGUCGCCAGCAUGAAACUGGAGUAUUCGGAGACGGUGAUCAGGCGAUUCUCGCUGCAAGAUCUGCCCACCAUUUUGCAUGUGAAAGAUGGUGUAUUCCGAAAGCUGCCGUUGGCUCAGACCGUUGAUGAGCUCAAGGAGCUGGCGCUAACAAAAUGGCAGGAAACAGAGCCAAUGCCCUUCUGGCAGCAUCCAAAUGGUGUACUUAUACAAGCCUAUAUACAAUACAUUCGUGCCAUUGAUAAGGUUUACCACACAACCUGGCUGGAUACGGACUAUGAGCAUGCCACAUGGCUAGUGCGCAUUGGCCUUGCUCUCAUUUUGGCCAUGAUUGUGACGGCCACCUGUGGCGUUUAUACCUUUAUACGGGACAAGCGACAAGCCCCAAAACGUGCCAAGAAACCGAAGAAGGAAUCGGUACCAAAUGACAAGAGCGUCGAAGGUCGUACUUCCUACAAGAAGGGGGCGAAGGAGGCUUCUUUUCUGCUAUGUAUUCAUUAAAAACGGUUGGAAUUUCCUUUCGUGCAUCCAAUACUUGACCAAAAUUAGCCAACAACUAAAUGAUUUUUUUUUGUUUUCGUUUUUUCGACAUAAGUAGUAUAUUUGCCUACACACCCAGUGUUAAAACUAUAAAUAUAAAAUCUGUAUGGAAAUGUUCAUUCAUUUCUCAAU